AUCAAGAAACAAAUACAAAAAGAUAGAAAUUGAUGUUUUUCUUUUGACCUAAAUUUAGGAUUGGUAAAUCAAAAGUGAUAUCCAUGUGAUUGGAAAAAGUAAACGUCAUAUGACGAAACAAUUGAUCUUUGAUCUUUGUUUAUAAAGUUUUGAAAAAUCCCCAAAACUAAACAAUUACAAUUCUUCUCUCAAAGAAGAAAAGAGAAAAAAUGGUGGAAGCUGCAUGGCUAUGGUCCAUUAGAACCAUAUAAAGUUUCCACGAGGAUCCCAUUUGCUUUGCUUUGAUAUGCUCUUUUCUUUUACUUUCCCUCCUUCAAAUCUUUUUGAUACCCAGAAUCUCAUUCCAUUAUUCUCUCCCUAUUUUCUUCUUUUAUUAUUCUCUUCUCAACUUGCUUCUUUUUUUCUUUGUGUUGUGAAUAAUUCAAACAAACAUUUGGUGCUAAAUCAAAAUUUUCAUUUGAUUUUCUGACUGUUUCAGAGUUUUUAUUGACUGGAUUGACAUAUGCCUGGAAACAAGUAUGAUUGUAAUUCUAGUGUCCCAACUAGUAGAGUAUCUAGGCUUCUUCAAGAAAGACAAAAACGAGCAAGCCCUUCUUCCAGAAGCUUGCAACCUACCCAAAGACUGUUAGUGGUAGCUAAUCGUCUACCAGUUUCCGCGGUUAGGAAAGGUGAAGAUUCAUGGUCAUUGGAAAUUAGUGCUGGAGGGCUUGUUAGUGCACUUUUAGGUGUAAAGGAAUUCGAGGCAAGGUGGAUUGGAUGGGCGGGCGUUAAUGUUCCUGAUGAAGUGGGGCAAAAAGCUCUUACAAAGGCUCUUGCCGAGAAGAGGUGCAUACCUGUUUUCCUUGAUGAGGAGAUCGUGCAUCAGUAUUAUAAUGGUUAUUGCAACAACAUAUUGUGGCCUCUUUUUCAUUAUCUUGGUCUUCCUCAAGAGGAUAGACUUGCGACUACAAGAAGCUUUCAAUCUCAGUUUGCGGCUUACCAGAAGGCGAAUCAGAUGUUUGCUGAUGUAGUAAAUAUGCACUAUAAAGAAGGUGAUGUCGUCUGGUGUCAUGAUUAUCAUCUCAUGUUCCUUCCUGAGUGCCUUAAAAAACAUAACAGCAAGAUGAAAGUUGGGUGGUUCCUCCACACCCCCUUUCCUUCAUCGGAAAUCCACAGAACCUUGCCUUCUCGUUCAGAACUGCUCCGUGCAGUUCUUGCUGCUGAUUUGGUUGGUUUUCAUACAUAUGAUUAUGCAAGGCACUUUGUUAGUGCUUGCACUCGUAUUCUUGGGCUUGAAGGAAUACCUGAAGGUGUAGAGGACGAUCAAGGAAGAUUGACCCGUGUCGCUGCUUUUCCCAUCGGGAUUGAUUCAGAUCGUUUUAUUCGAGCGCUUGAGCUUCCUCCAGCUCAAGUGCAUAUCAAAGAUUUAACAGAAAGAUUUGCUGGUAGGAAGGUAAUGUUAGGUGUUGACCGGCUUGAUAUGAUUAAAGGAAUUCCACAAAAGAUACUCGCUUUUGAAAAAUUUUUGGAGGAAAAUCCCUCUUGGCAGCAUAAAGUUGUUCUUCUCCAAAUUGCUGUUCCCACAAGAACAGAUGUUCCUGAAUAUCAAAAACUUACGAGCCAAGUUCAUGAAAUAGUUGGACGCAUUAAUGGGAGAUUUGGAACUUUAACUCGUGUUCCUAUACAUCAUCUGGAUCGGUCGCUGGACUUCCCAGAGCUAUGUGCUCUAUAUGCAGUAACUGAUGUAGCGUUGGUCACUUCAUUGAGAGAUGGCAUGAAUCUGGUUAGCUAUGAGUUCGUGGCUUGUCAAGCUGCAAAAAAGGGUGUACUCAUUCUCAGUGAGUUUGCUGGAGCUGCACAAUCUCUAGGCGCUGGAGCUCUCUUGGUAAACCCCUGGAAUAUUACAGAUGUAGCUGCUGCAAUCGGUAAAGCCUUAAAUAUGUCAGAUGAAGAGCGAGAAAAAAGGCAUGAACUCAACUUUGUUCAUGUUACACGGCAUACUGCUCAGCAGUGGGCUGAAACAUUUGUAAGUGAACUGAAUGACACGGUGGUGGAGGCACAGUUGAGGAUUACACAAAUCCGCCCUGUAUUUCCAGUUGAUUCUGCGGUUAAAAAUUUCUUGAAUUGUAGUAAUCGACUACUCAUACUGGGAUUCAACGCUACACUGACGGAAGCAGUUGAUACACCUGGUAGACGGGGUACAGAUCAAGUAAAGGAGAUAAACUCUAAAUUGCGCCCGAGUCUGAAAGGGCCUCUCACUGUCCUUUGCAAUGACCCAAAAUCAACCAUCGUCGUUCUUAGUGGAAGUCGCAGAUGUGACUUAGAUGAAAAUUUUCAGGAGUUUGACAUGUGGUUAGCUGCGGAACAUGGAAUGUUCUUACGGCAUACAAGAAGAGGAGAUUGGAUGACGACGAUGCCUGAGCAUUUGAAUCUGGAUUGGCGUCCCAGUGUCUCCCAUGUUUUUGAGUAUUUCGAAGAUAGAACUCCUCGUUCAACUAUGGACCCUCGUGAAAUUUCCCUCGUUUGGAAUUACAAGUAUUCUGAUUUUGAAUUUGGAAAAUUGCAAGCGAGAGACAUGCUACAGCAUCUUUGGACUGGCCCUAUUUCAAAUGCAUCCGUAGAAGUUGUGCAAGGUACUAGAUCUGUCGAAGUUCGACCAGUAGGUGUUACUAAGGGAUCUGCUAUUGAUCGUAUUUUGGGGGAAAUAGUGCAUAGUAAACCCUUAAAAUCACCAAUCGAUUAUGUCUUGUGCAUUGGUCAUUUCCUUGAGAAGGAUGAAGAUGUAUACACAUUUUUUGAGCCAGAGCUCCCGUCAGACAAUGUAAACCACCUGAAAACCAAAGCAUUUGAUGCUUCAAAAUUUCCUGACAGGCCGCCACCCAAGGUGGCACCUAGUAGAAGUGGAUCAAAGCCAUCGCACGGAAAUACAACUCAACGUUCAACACCAAAUUCAGACAAGAGUUCAAAUCACAAUAAUGGUGGGCUCUCACGGAAGCAACCGUCGGAGAAGACCUCCUGGAACGUUCUCGACUUGAAGAAAGAAAACUACUUCUCCUGUGCAGUUGGCAGAACUCGAACUAAUGCUCGUUACACCAUUGGUUCAUCAUAUGACGUCGUUUCAUUUUUGUCUAGAUUGGCUGAAGCAUCUCUAUCUGUGUCAUCAAAUUCAAACCCGGAAUCACUAUGAUUAUAGAAUCUCGAUCUCAAUUCUUCUACGAUUUUUGCUAACUCUAGGCAUUAUAGAUGGUCAAGAAGAUCGUAGAGCCUUGUAUUUUAAAUGGUUGUGAUUCAUUGUUACCCUAAUAAAUUUCGCUCCCAUGUCCA